AUGACUAAUAGUAUUUUGUUUCUCACAAUUUUAUUGGUUUGUGCUAGUUGCAUUCUAGCCACUUCUUUUCCAAUAUUGAGUCUUGAUGCUGGAGAAAAUGCAGAGUUUGAUAUUGGAAAUUCGAAAGAAUUCAAACGAACUGUUGGAAAUGGAAGUGUUCAAGUUUAUCGAAUUUGCAACGGGAAAAAUGCCAAGACUUGUGGAUAUUGGGAAGAUAUAAAGGUUAGUUGGGCUAACUUGAGAUAUUCGUUAGGAUAGCCGUUGGGGAAUUUUUCUUCAGAAGACUAAACCUUUCAGAAGAACUUCAAGGUUCUCAAGGAUUUUCCAGGUCUCCUGGGGUUUUGAGCUUGAGACUAUAGCUCUGAAGCUCCAAAAAAAUCUGAAAAUUUUGUUAAAUUUUCAGACCAAGAAAAAAGUGGCAAAAGCUCCAGUGACCAAAAAAGUUGGCAAGAACUUGAUUCUUGAAAAAGUCACAGAAGCGGAUUCUGGAAGCUACUAUAAUGAUGGCCAAAUCUAUUAUAAUGUUCAUGUUUUGCAAAAGCAAGGUUAA